AUGGAAUCUUACACUCUACCAUGUGAAAGUUAUAUUUACAUUGAAGGAAAGCUAAGAAAACCUUUAGAUGCUGAAGGAGACGUACGUUUUUCGAAUAACGGUUUGGCAUUUUUAUUCUCCGAAAUGCGAUAUGAAAUAAACGGAAUAGAAAUACAAAAAUUGAAAUCACCCGGGGUAUCGUCUUGCCUGAAAGCAUACUGUUCAUAUACACCAAGUGACUUGAAUACGUUAGACAAUUGUGCUUGGGACUCGGGCAUGGACGGCGAAGAUAAUAAAAAUUUUAUGAGCAACGAUGUAUUUACCGGUUGUAUACCUCUAAAACAUUUAUUCGGAUUUUGCGAAGAUUAUAAAAAAAUAUUACUAAAUUGCAAUCAACAACUGAUUUUAAAUCGUUCGUCUACCGAUUUAGACGCAUUACGUAUAACGCAACCGGAACCCCCGAAAACGUUGAAAAAAAUAAAAAAAUUACGAUUGAAUUGA